AUGGCAAGAACUAAACAAACAGCAAGAAAGACUACCUCAGCAGGAAAAACCCCUAAAAAGCACCUUGCAACUAAGGCCGCUAAGAAGGUCUCAGCCACCACCUCAGGUGUUAAGAAGCCACACAGAUUUAGACCAGGCACAGUGGCUCUAAGAGAAAUCAGAAAAUACCAAAAGAGCACUGAACUUUUAGUCAGAAAACUUCCUUUCCAAAGACUUGUAAGAGAAAUUGCUCAAGAAUACAAGACAGAUCUCAGAUUCCAAAGCUCAGCUGUCCUUGCACUCCAAGAAGCUGCUGAAGCUUACCUCGUCGGACUUUUUGAAGACACCAACCUUUGUGCAAUUCACGGUAAAAGAGUGACUAUUAUGCCAAGAGACAUGCAAUUAGCCAGAAGAAUCAGAGGAGAAAGAUCAUAA